AUGGUGCUCCAUCCUGUAGUGAUUGUGUUUUUCACUUUGGAUUUAAUGGACUUUCAGACAAUUCGUGUGCAGCUUGCUGCAGUGUUAAGAUCUUCUAGGGCAGCGUUAAGGCCAUGCACAUCCAGGCACCUUGUUGGCCGAUCAUACUCAUCAACAGAAUCUAGGCCAGAACGCAAAGUGGCAAUACUUGGUGCAGCAGUUGGCAUAGGGCAGCCGUUGGCUUUGCUUUUGAAGUUAAACCCACUAAUCUCAUCUCUCUCCCUCUAUGACAAAGCCAACACUCCUGGAGUUGCUGCUGAUGUUAGCCACAUCAAUUCUCGUGCUCAGGUUGCGAGGUAUGCUGGGGAAGAACAGCUAGUGGAAGCAUUAGACGGAUCAGAUGUUGUGAUUAUUCCAGCAAGAUUUCCAAGAAAACCUGGAAUGACUCGUGAUGAUCUCUUCAAAAUCAAUGCAGGAAUUGUCAAAUCUUUAUGCACAGCCAUCGCAAAAUACUGCCCUAAUGCUCUGGUUAAUAUGAUAAGGAAUCCAGUGAAUUCUACUGUCCCGAUAGCUGCUGAAGUUUUCAAGAAGGCAGGGACAUUUGACGAGAGGAAGCUGUUUGGUGUGACAACGCUUGAUGUAGUCAGAGCUAAAACUUUCUAUGCUGGGAAGGUGAAAGUUCUCGUGGCUGAGGUUAAUGUGCCAGUAGUUGGCGGGCGUGCUGGCAUAACCAUCCUCCCUAUUUUCUCUCAGGCCUCUCCCAAAUCCAGUAAUUUAUCAGAUGAUGACAUAAAGGCUCUCACUAAGCGAACACGGGAUGGAGGAACUGAGGUUGUGGAAGCGAAGGCUGGAAUGGGAUCAGCAACACUUUCCAUGGCCUACGCUGGAGUUGUCUUUGCUGAUGCUUGCUUAGAGGGGGUCAAUGGAGUUCCAGAUAUUGUUGAAUGCUCCUUUGUGCAAUCAAGCAUCACUGAUUUGCCUUUCUUUGCCUCUAAGGCAAGGCUAGGAAAGAAUGGCGUGGAGGAAGUCUUUGGAUUGGGUCCUCUUUCAGACUAUGAACAACAUUACAACAGGGUCUUGAAAGCCUCAAGCCGGAGCUUAAAGCUUCUAUAGAGAAGGGAGUUGAGUUUGCCAAUCAAAAUCAAUUGGACAAGUUAUGCA